GGGCUGUGCUGCGGGAGAACCCCGGGGGCGUGGGCCCUAGGAGGGGGCCCGUUGGGGCGCGAACGCUGCACCGUGGCUGGGUGACAUAUGUUUGCCGUGGUGGCCAAGAUGAAGCUAUUUCUCGUAUACGCGUUCAAAGUUACUCUUGGGUGUCCUCUUUUAACAACAGCAGGAAGUAUGGAAUCUCUCUUUGCCUUGGGGUGACUAAAGUUGGGAAGAAAUUGGAGGUGAGGGGCGGUCGGUGAAGGCCAUAAAGGUUGAAGAACAGAAGCAUGCUUCUCCAUCUCGGUUUCUGAAGCCCCUGUUCAUUAUGUAGCGUGGGGUUCAAGAGUUCAUCUUUGCUCCAGCAUGACCAAGGGAAUCUAAAAUGUUGACUCUUACUAGAUAUUUAAGCUCGCGGGAAAUGUGUAGUAGUGCCACACUGUGAAACGUGAAACGGUCCAUUUGAAUGAUAACUGGAAGGCGUGGUUUGGUUUGGACCAUUCGGGAGCGGGGUGUUUUAAAGACACCUCUGCCGAACAAUGAAGAAUCUGCAGAAUACUUCUGAGUCAAGAAACUAAAAUCUACUUGUCAUAUUUUCCAAAUGUUAUUUAUCAAAGUAACAAAGAAUGACUUCCCAAACACAUUUGAAAACAGCUCCGGACGCGCAGGCUCAGCGGCCAUGGCUCACGGGCCCAGCCGCUCCGCGGCGUGUGGGAUCUUCCCGGACCGGGGCACGAACCGCCUGCAUCGGCAGGCGGACUCUCAACCACUGCGCCACCAGAGAAGCCCGAGGACUUUUUGAUUUAAGCUAUGAAGAAGGACAUCCUUCUCACUCUGAAACAGAUCUCCUUCAGAGACAGACUUUUGCAGCCUCUCAUCAGCUUCCUGGAUAUGCUGCCACGCCUCAGCCAACCGGUCUUUCUGGAAUAUUUGAUACUAGUGUGAACAAUGCCAGCACUAACACUAAAGAAUCUUCAGUGAUGAAUUUUCUCUCUGCUGUUGAAUCCCGAACUGCUCAGGCUGCUUCUUCAGGAACUACUCUUUUACCACAAUUCAGGGCCUCAUCCUGGCAGACAGGUAUGCAUUCCUCAGCAGCAACUGAGCUGUUUGUUACUGGACCUUUGCCAACCACUGGAGCACUUCCACCCUCUGCCCUCUCUGCUUAUCAGCAUCCCACCACCUUCAGCAAUAGAAACUUUGCCACCACCUCACCUUUGGUGCUUCAGGAUUCAACUUUUAACACUACAUCAAAUGGAAUUUUAAAUCCUCAUGAUCCUUUGCUGCAAAUCAAGACUUCCCAGGGAACUGUUCCAACCCCUUUGGCAUUUGAGCGCCUGGGCAGUUCUGCGAUAAGUAACAGCAUACCACCUCAGUCUUCAACAUACCGCUCAGCUCAAGAGUCUGCACCCCAUCUUUUACAACCUCAAUUUAGUUUGUUGCCUUCAGCACUUGGAGGAGCCCAGCAAACUCCUCAAGCCUACGGUCCAACUCUCUUUACUAGUUCUACUGCUUCCAUUGAAAGAGCUCUUCUUCGAGAAUGUAGUGUUAUUAAACACCAUCAGCGGCCUUCAGGUACCCAGUCUAUUCAGGCACAACUGACUGGUUCACAGCAUUCCUUACACAGUUAUCUAUCAAAUGCAAGUGUGGUUAAUUUUCAGGAAACAAGCAGGCAGUCAUCUUUAUCCUGUAACCCAAUUGGAGAUUCUACUCAGGUGAGCAAUGGAGGAUUGCAACAGAAGACCUCCCAGGUCUCAGUGGAACUUGCUCAGUCCUAUUCAUCUGCAAUUCCAUCAUCAGGGUAUCCUCCUUCUACUACAAAAGUAAAAAGCUGUUCUACAAAACAACCACUAACAUCAGCCAAGUCCCCCAAACCUCAAAGUAUAAUUCCUCCUGUGCAAACACUAAGCUAUUCCAAACCUUUACAUAACCAGAGUUCUGUAAUAUCAGGCCAAGCACAAAUUUAUUCUACAGCGCAGCUACCAAGCCUUUUAUCAGUUAGUCAGUCUCAAAAUUAUGGUUUAGUACAGCCACAUAAUGUGCCAUCUAUUGUUCAUUCACAUGUUUAUAGGUCCAGCAAAGUUGAAAAGUUGCCAUCCUUAUAUAAAACAUUGACUUUUUCUGGGUCAUCUCAGACUAUAACUUCUGAAAAUCCAACACUUAAUUAUUCUUCUGAUCAGCAAGAGGUAUUAUCUUCAGUUACAAAUGAGAAUUACCCUGCUCAAACAAGAGAUCUAUCUUCAGUUAGCCAGUCUCAGAGUUACUCAUCUGGUCACUCUCAGGGUUUAUCACCAGUUAGUCAGACACAGGUUAGUUAUUCAUCUCAGUCACAAGUUUUGUCAGUUGUUAGUCCUUCAGAAAGCUAUGCUUCAGGGCAGUCCCUAACAUUAACAGCCCCUUCUCUUUCUUAUUCUUCUGCCUCUAGGGCUCAGAAUAUGCCAGAUUCUAGCCCAACUCAGAAUUAUAUUUCUAUGCAUUCUUCCCAAAAUGCUCAGACUCAAGGGUCAUCAUCUCCCCAGUCCCAAAAGUUUUUGCCUGUUGUCCAGUCAUCAUCUUUUGCGUCCUCUACUCAUUGUCAGACAUUACAGAAUAACAUACCUUCCCCUGAUCCAAAGUCUUACGCUGAAAGAAAACUUGACUCAAAUGUGUAUACACCUUCAAAGCAAGAGGAUGAUUUUCCAAUGCAAGAGUUACAGGUAUUACAGCCGCAAGUAUCUCUUGAGUCAUCAACCCAAAGGCUAUCUGAUGGGGAAAUUAAUGUUCCAGAGUCAGCUUAUAAGGUGUCAAAGACAGAUGACAGAUAUUCCCAGAGCAUAAUCAGAAGUAAUUCCCAUCUUGAAGAUCAAGUUGUUGGGAUUGUUCUACAAGGGUCAAAAAAAGAAGAAAACAUAGUUGGUUCAGUGGCACAGCUUAACCAACAAGUUGGCCAAGUCAAUAAUGCAGCAACCCUUGAUAUAAAGAAGACAACUAACUUAAUGCAAACUCCACAAAUAAGGUUGAAUACUAAAGACCUAAACCAGCAGCAUUCUCUUAUACAGAAGGUACAUGAAGCCAAGGUCCAGGAGCAGCAUGAUCAAAUAAUUAAUGCCUCAUCUCAGAUUCAAAUUCCAAAUAAUGCUUUAGGGCAUGGCCAUCAGGCAUCUCUUCCCAAUACACAGGUCCUUUUAGAUUCUGCCUGUGAUUUACAAAUUCUUCAGCAGUCAAUACUACAGGCCGGUUUAGGACAAGUAAAGGCAUCUCUACAAGUACAGCGUGUUCAAAGUCCGCAACAAAUAGUACAUCCUUUCCUUCAAAUGGAUGGUCAUAUUAUUCAGAGCAAUGGCGAUCAUUCUCAGCAGCAACUCCAUCCUCAAAAUUCUGAAAUUAUGAAAAUGGACCUCUCUGAGUCUUCAAAACCAUUACAACAACAUCUAACAACAAAGGGCCAUUUUAGUGAAACAAAUCAACAUGAUUCAAAGAAUCAUUUUGUUUCUCUCGGAUCAAUAUGUUUCCCAGAGGCAAUGCUCCUCAGUGAUGAAAGAAAUAUUUUAUCAAAUGUAGAUGAUAUCUUAGCAGCUACAGCAGCAGCUUGUGGGGUCACACCUUCUGAUUUUUCCAAGUCAACUUCAAAUGAAACCAUUCCUGCUGUUGAAGAUGGUGAUUCUAAAUCUCAUUUUCAGCAGUCAUUAGAUGUUGGGCAUGUGACAUCAGAUUUUAACUCCAUAGCAGCUACAGUAGGAAAGCCACCGAGUAUAAAUGAUAUUUCCUUAAAUGGAAAUCAAGUUACUGUAAACCUUUCACCAGUACCUACUCUUCAGUCAAAGAUGACUCUUGAUCAACAGCACAUUGAAACACCUGGUCAAAAUAAAGCUUCUAAAGUAACUUCACCAGUGGUUGGGCCAGGUCAUGAAGUCCAGGAGCAAAGUUCUGGCCCAUUCAAGAAACAGUCUGCUACCAAUCAUGAACCUGAAGAAGAUAGCGAAGUACCUGUUGAUAGUACAUUAGCUAAUAACAGAAAUCAAGAGUUUGUUUCUAGUAGUAGAAGUAUAAGUGGAGAGAGUGCUACAUCAGAGAGUGAAUUCACUUUAGGGGGUGAUGACAGUGGUGUGUCAAUGAACCCGACUAGGAGUACACUUGCACUGUUGGCCAUGGCCCAACCUGGGGAGCCAGUCAGCAUCAAGAUUGAAGAGGAAAACCAAGAUUUAAUGCAUUUUAACCUUCAGAAGAAGAAAACUAAAGGAAAAGGGCAAACUAAAGAGGAAGACAACAGUAAUCAAAAACAGCUGAAAAGACCUGCCCAAGGCAAACGCCAGAAUCCAAGGGGAACAGAUAUAUAUUUGCCGUAUACUCCCCCUUCCUCGGAAAGCUGCCAUGAUGGUUAUCAGCAUCAAGAAAAAAUGAGACAGAAGAUCAAAGAAGUAGAGGAAAAACAGCCAGAAGUCAAAACCGGAUUCAUUGCCUCUUUCUUAGAUUUUCUGAAAUCUGGGCCCAAGCAGCAGUUUUCCACUCUUGCUGUACGAAUGCCUAACAGGACUAGACGACCAGGAACCCAGACUGUUCGUACAUUUUGUCCCCCACCACUUCCAAAGACUGCAUCUGCAACACCCACACCUUUAGUGUCUGAAACUGGGGGUAACAGUCCAUCAGAAAAAGCUGAUAAUGAACUUAAAAACUCGGAACAUUUAUCUUCACUUUCUUCUGAUGAAGAUGAUCCUGGAGUAUGCAGUCGUGAUAUUUAUAAAAGCACCUCUACUACCUUAAAUACUUCGGAUGCCACUUCUGAUAAAAAGAAGAAAACAGUUUCAGAAGCCCUACAGGUGGCAACUACUAGUCCAACUGCCAAUACUACUGGUACUGCUACUACUUCCUCCACCACUGUGGGUGCAGUUAAGCAAGAACCUCUCUACUCUACUUCAUCUGCAGUAAAUAUGCUGGAAAAUAUAAACUCUGCAGAACCCCCAAAGUCCAUCGAACUUGAUGGUCUUCCUUCAGACCAGUUUGCAAAAGGACAGGACACUGUUGCCAUAGAAGGUUUUACAGAUGAGGAGAACACAGAAAGUGGAGGAGAAGGCCAAUACAGAGAGCGUGAUGAAUUUGUGGUAAAGAUAGAAGACAUAGAGACUUUUAAGGAGGCUUUAAAAGCAGGAAAAGAACCCCCAGCUAUUUGGAAAGUACAAAAAGCUUUAUUACAGAAGUUUGUUCCUGAAAUUCGAGAUGGGCAAAGAGAAUUUGCUGCUACAAAUAGUUACCUUGGAUAUUUUGGAGAUGCAAAGAGUAAAUACAAAAGGAUAUAUGUGAAGUUCAUUGAAAACACUAACAAAAAGGAGUAUGUCAGAGUGUGUUCCAAAAAGCCAAGAAAUAAGCCUUCACAAACUAUCAGAACUGUUCAGGCUAAGCAAAGUAGUAGCAGUAAAACUUCUGAUCCUCCAACACCAAAAACUACAACGACAAAAGCCCCUUCCAUGAAACCCAAAGUUAAACAGCUAAAAGUAAAGGCUGAGCCACCACCAAAGAAAAGGAAGAAAUGGAAAGAAGAAUUUUCAUCAUCCCAAUCUGACUCAUCUCCUGAGAUCCACUCUAGUAGUAGUGAUGAUGAGGAAUUUAAUCCUCCAGCUCCCUUUGUCACUCGUUUUUUGAACACAAGAGCAAUGAAGGAAACCUUUAAGAGUUACAUGGAAUUGCUUGUUAGCAUUGCUUUGGAUCCUGACACAAUGCAAGCCUUAGAGAAGAGCAACGAUGAGCUACUUUUGCCUCAUAUGAAAAAAAUAGAUAGCAUGCUGAAUGAUAACCGAAAGAGACUCCUUUUGAAUCUUCAUUUGGAUCAGUCAUUCAAGAAUGCCUUGGAAAGUUUUCCUGAACUAACAAUAAUUACUCGAGACUCUAAAGCAAAAAGUGCGGGAUCUGCUAUUUCUAAAAUCAAAAUGAAUGGCAAAGCUUAUAAUAAAAAAACUCUAAGAACUUCUAAAACAACUACUAAAUCUGCACAAGAGUUUGCUGUUGAUCCAGAGAAAAUACAGUUGUAUUCUUUGUAUCAUUCACUCCAUCAUUAUAAAUAUCAUGUUUAUCUCAUAUGUAAAGAUGAGAUUUCUUCUGUGCAGAAAAAAAAUGAAGAUUUAGGACAGGAAGAAAUUGUCCAACUUUGUAUGAAAAAUGUAAAAUGGGUGGAAGACCUAUUUGAAAAAUUUGGAGAACUUCUAAAUCAUGUACAGCAGAAAUGUUCCUAACAUUUUCACAAAAAUUCCAUCUAUUUUCUAGCACUAAUAAGACGGCAGAGGCGGGUGGUCAAAGGGGGUCUAGGGGCCUCACAUAAUUGAAUGUCAAGCAGUGGUCUCCUGCAAGCACGCCUGCUUUGAUCAUGAACUUGCAUCCUGGCCUCUGCUAAAGGACAGUGGUGCUGCCAAGGAAGUCAGUCCUUUGGAAAUGGACCUAAAAUCCCACCACGUUUUUAUCCUAAUGAAUGAUUUUUCUACUUUGUAAACCAUUGGGUAACUGAGUUUUAUUUUCAGAAAUGUUUUUUGACAAAUGAUGAAGCAUGCACUAAAUACAAUUUUUCUUUAUUGCUAGAGAGAUAACACUUAAGUAACAUGAUUAUUUUUUUCUGACUCCGACUAAACACCAGAAUGAAAGAGAGGUGGCAGAAAA